AUGAGAGUCAUGGGGAGUUUACUGCAAUAUGUCCUGAGUUGGACUCUACUGAUAUCUACAGCGCAGGUUUCCGCCUAUUCCAUCCACCCAACAACACCCUACAACAGCACAACCCUUACCAACAUUCUAAUCCACACACCUUCUCAACGGAUCUACCCUAAUGCCCCAUUCAACAUAACAUUCACUCUGGCCGACGAUCGCCAACCUCUGAAACUCGCCCUCGAACCAAACCACGACCUCCUCGUUCAAGACUCGCAGAUUCGAUACAUCGAUCGCAAUGGCCUUGCUCGUCGAACAGAGGUGAUGCAGCGGCAUCGCCACCGUGUCUUCAAAGGCUCCGUACUAUCAGGUAAUGAGAUCACCGGGUGGAAAAAAGUCGGCUGGACGCGAAUAUCCGUUCUGCGUGAUGGAACCAAUCCGCUCCUUGAUGGUGCGUUCAGUGUGCAUGGCGUACAAUACCAUAUCAAGGUCAAAGACGGAGCAAUGGUCGUUUCUUACGAAGCGGAGGACCAGGACCCCAUCCUGAGCGCGGAGAGCCUCACGAAUAUUACAGACAUAGACACCACACCACACUUUGCCCCGCAAAAGCGCCAAUUCGGCUUUAAUCCUAACCCGCCAAACCUCGUCGACACAAUCGGCUCAAUAGACGGCUGCCCAACAGAUAGGCGCAUCGCACUCGUGGGGAUAGCGACAGAUUGUGCAUUCACGGGCACAUUCUCCUCCCAAGAGGACCUGGUCGACAGCGUGGUGAGCAUGGUGAAUACGGCCUCCGCCGUCUUUGAAGAAACAUUCAACAUCGCCCUCGCGGUCGCGAAUCUCACAAUCGAGGAGGAGGAUUGUCCUUCCUCUCCGUCGUCGGAGUUACCCUGGAAUGUCGGGUGUGCGAGUGGGAUAGAUCUCAAUUGGAGACUGCAGCAGUUCACGACCUGGAGGGAGAACUCGGGAGGGAGUGAGAACGCGUACUGGACGCUUAUGAGCGGGUGUCCGACAGGGACAGAGGUUGGUGUCUCAUGGGUUGGUGAGCUGUGUCACGAGGAGCUGAGUGCGAAUGUUGUUGCACUCGCGCAGAAUCAGUGGCAGGUUUUUGCCCACGAAUCGGCCCACACCUUCGGCGCCUACCAUGAUUGCGACGCGAGCACCUGCAGCAUCGCGGGCGGCAGCCAAACUUGCUGCCCCUUCUCAGCCUCCACCUGCUCCGCCAGUGGCAACUACAUAAUGAACCCCGUCUCCUCCUCCCCGCAGCGCGAAUUCUCCCCCUGCUCCGUCGGAAACGUCUGCUCGGGGAUGGACUCCGGGCGCGUGAGCACGAGCUGCCUCACCACGAACGCGAAUACACCACCGACGAUUUCGGCAGGCGAGUGCGGGAAUGGGAUCGUCGAGGUUGGCGAGGAGUGUGAUUGUGGCGACGAGUGUGAUGGGAAUGCGUGCUGUGAUGGAAGCACAUGCCGGUUUCGAGGAAACGCAGUCUGUGAUGAUGCGGAUGGGUCGUGCUGUCAGGGAUGCCAAUUCAGAGGACGGGGGGACGUGUGCCGGGCAGCGGUGGACGAGUGCGAUGUUGAGGAGACGUGCGCGGGGGAUGAAGCGGCUUGUCCGAGUGAUCGCUUUGAAGAUGAUGGGCAGUCCUGUGGUGCAUCUGGGGAAGGGCUGUUCUGCUCCAGUGGGCAGUGCACGAAUCGCGAUCUGCAGUGUCAGGCGAUGAUCAACGGAGACAACUCGACCGUUUCCUCGUGUGGAAAUUCAACAUGUGUCCUGUCGUGUGGAUCCAGCCUCGCCGAAGGAAACUGUGCGCGGGUUGGGACUGUGCUUGAUGGAACACCCUGCGACGGGGGCAUGUGUCGCGGCGGCCAGUGUCGAAGUCGAACUCGUACAGGCGACAACGGUGGCGAGUCAUGGGUUCAGCGCAAUCUCCAGCUAGUGAUUGGGCUGUCGGCUGGUAUAGGCGGUUUCCUGCUCCUGUUGAUUGUGUCUAGCAUUGCGUACUGUUGUUGCUGUCGACGCCGGCCGAAGACCGUGCCGAACCAGGCGCCUCUUCCUCCUGUCGUGGGGUAUGCGCCUCCACCAUAUUCCCCAAGACCGCCGGUGCGUGCGACACCGUACUAUCGGUAUGCCUGA